AUGUCUGCCCCUUCCAUCACCAACUACAUCGUUAAGCGCCCUUGGCUCAAGCGGGCCAUGACCCCGCUGGCCAACUGGUACACCGACGCCGCCGGCUACAGGAAACUUGGACUCAAGUUCGAUGACUUGAUCCCCGAGGAGUCCGAGGUCGUUCAGAAGGCUAUCAAGCGUCUUCCCGCCAAGGAGGCCUACGACCGUGUCUUCCGUAUCCGCCGCGCAUUCCAGUGCUCUAUCUCCCACACCCUCCUCCCCGCUGCUGAGCAGACCAAGGUUUCCGAGGACGUUGAGUACCUCAGCCCCAUCAUCCGCGAGAUUGAAAAGGAGAACAAGGAGCGUGUCGACCUCGACAACCUCGUCGUCCGCAAGUAA